AUGGAUGAUACUAUUGAUUCGAAUUUAAAUGAAUCAAGGAGAAAAUGUCUAACCAAAUCCGAGUAUAAUGCAAUAGCUGACUGGAUAGACUCGUCAAUUAACAAUAACCACGAUUUUAUUCUAAACCGGUACGGUGUGUUAACCUCAAACGCACUCAGCAGAUAUCCCCACCUACAUACAAAUACAGUUCGUAGUAUUGUCGAAGACCGAGUUCAACAAUAUGUUCGUCAACGACAACAUAAGGUCCUUUCCAGCACGUACAAUGAUGAUUCUCCUUCUAAUUAUUCAGCCACAUGUCGGACUACAGCUACAGAAAAAUCUAAACUAUUCAUGAAUCGUCGUCAACAAAAACGGAUUAAUAAACAUUCAAUCAGAUCUACAAAAACAAUGAAUGAGAGGUACAAAGAAUUAGUUGCUAAUGAAACUGUGUUAUCUCCACUGAUCACUUUGGCUGAUAAAUUGCUUAUGCCAGCUAUGUUGGUUGCAAAAUGUGUACUUGCUGAUCAGAUAAAAGUAGAAAAAUUGAACGAGAAACUUGAUCAGCAGCAUUCUAACAAUGAUGAUAGUUUAAAUAGUGUUGGAUCAACUGCUAGUAACUUACAACAUUAUAGUGAUUCAGAGUUGAAACAAGAUGUAAGUACCAAUGACUCGACAGUUAAAGAACUGGAUACUUCGUAUAGUAUUGAUGAACAGUUAUCCAAACAGUUAAACUGGCUCACCUGUAAACUGCGCUCAAUGUAUACAACUGAAUCGGUAUUAAAUCAAUCUGAUAGUAGUUCGAAUAAUUUACAAACUAGUUGUACUAGUUAUACAAACUAUAUGUCAACAACUAAUAAGAUUUUUGAUUUAACACCACACCAAUUGGCCAUGGCUACUUGGUUGAUACGUAAAGAUCCAAAGUUAGCUUACGAAGUAUAUAAAUCUUCUGUUGUGGAUGACCAUUAUGGAUCAUGUGUGGAAUUUAUCAAAAGCUCCAAUGGCAAUCGUUUUGAACAGAUUUUGAAGCAAACUUUGACAGUUUUGACAAAGUCCCUGACAAACAGACCAGAGAAAAAUUAUAUAACUGAAAAGGAUUGUCGUCUUCGUGGUUUAGAUAUGACACCUGAUGUAUUACUUCACGAACCUGUUGCCAUUUUAUUGUAUGACGUUGACAAUAUCAAAUACAGUCAAAAAUAUACAGCAACAAAUUACGUCGGAGGAAGUGAAAAUGAAAUUCGAGUGCUAAAUUGGAUAGAAUCGAAAGCAAUGUUUGGUGGCCCUGAUCAAUUACGUAAAGCUACUCAAGGCCAAUUGUUUCCUUACUGGAAUCGCUAUGGCCCAGGAGCUGUAAUUUAUUGGUUUGGUCACAUUUUGGAGGAUAACGAUAAAGAACAUGGUGUCCAUGCUGGUGUUUCAAUAAACAAAUCUGCGAACGAUAUUUCACCAUCUAAUGUUGAAUCGUCAGAAUCAUUUGCAUUCAAUUUUUGGUCAAAAUAUUGUCUAUUAAUGGACGGAUUUCCUUCAGGUCAUACAAUUGUUAUGCACAAACGCCAUAAUGGUUUAAAAAAUAAAAGCUCAACUUCAGUUUAA